CGAUUAUAAUCGGCGCGCUUCGAGCUCGGCAAAGUUCGUGAAUGUUCGUAGGUUCGAUGGCUCGAUACACAAAGGGGGAGGAAGGAGGGGGAGGGGGCCUGGAUGAAGCUCCAUCAGAGGUGUUGCAACAGUCCCAACCGACGGAGCAGUCGGGUUGGGUGGUUAGUACGGUGUGGAGUGCGUGUAACGAAAGUAGAUAGAACACGGAACGUAAAAACGUGAUUACCGGUUGUCAUGACGUUUGCGUGAGCUUUGUGUAUUGCGAUUCGCCGCCUAAAAACAUGUUGAGUGAUAUCUGGUGCUUGAAUUCGCGAUGUACCGUCGGUGGUGUGACGGUGCAGUGCAAAUUAGUGCUAGUUUUGGUGCUACUCGCGAUCCUGCCUGAUGUACACACCGAGAAUCAUGGACCGUCCCCAGAUUUCAGCAGGCACACGUUGGUCAGACCGCGGAUCUAUCACGGCAGGACUAGGCGGCAGAUCUCCUCGACCAAAGAGAACGAUGUGGAACACGCGGACGUAUUGGUGGUAGGCUUGGAACUUGAUGGAGUGAAACGUACCUUGGACUUGAGAUUAAAUUCUGAUCUAAUUCCCGUUGGCUAUCAACAACGUCAUCAGCAUCGAGGCACGUACAAAGUGUACACUCCCUCGAAAGUCGAACUCUGCCAUUAUCAAGGUAGCGUUCGCGACCUGCCCGGCUCCUGGGUAGCCCUGUCUACUUGCAGAGGACUGCGCGGCGUUGUCUUCGACGGCGAGAACCUUCAUCACAUUCAACCGGAGCGGGAAUCUUUGGACUCGCAUCAUUAUGUCUACAAGCACAGCGAUCUCGUCGCCAAUCACACUUGCGGUUACGAAGGAACGUCGCACCAUGUUCUCGACCGCGAACAGCGAGGGAUCGCCGGCAGAAUCGCAAGGCGCAAGAGAGCGGCCGAGGCGAUUCGAGGACCCUACAACGCGAACAGGCAUUCACGAUACGUGGAACUGGUCCUCGUGAUCGAUAAGAAGGAAUACAUCGCUCUCGACGAGAAUUUGGACAGGGUUCAUCAGCACUGCAAAGAUAUCGCUAACAUUAUCAAUGCAUUGUACAUGCCGCUGAAUAUAUUCAUCGCGCUGGUCGGAGUGCAAGUUUGGUCGGACGCGGACGAAAUAGCCCUGUCUCCGAACGGGGACACCACCCUCUCGAAUUUCCUUCGAUACAGGAGGGAGAAACUGGUGCAAGACAUGCCGAACGAUAACGCCCAGCUGUUGACGCGAAUCACUUUCGAAGGUGGCGUGGUAGGGAAGGCGCUCAAGGGACCAAUAUGCACGUACGAGUUCUCGGGCGGCGUCUCGAUGGAUCACUCGAACGUGGUUGGAUUAGUGGCCGCGACCGUCGCUCACGAAAUGGGUCACAAUUUCGGCAUGGAGCACGACUCGGCCGAUUGCGACUGUCCCGAGGAGAAGUGCAUCAUGGCGUCGUCGAGCGGCUCGUCGGGUCCGAUCCACUGGUCGACCUGCUCCCUCGAGCACCUCGCGCUCGCGUUCGAGCACGGGAUGGAUUACUGUCUGAGAAACAAACCGCAGAAACUGUUCGACAGCCCGAUCUGCGGGAACGGGUUCGUGGAGCCCGGGGAGCAGUGCGACUGCGGGCUGAAGGAGAACUGCGACAACCCGUGCUGCAACGUGACCACGUGCAUGCUGCACGGGAACGCGAGCUGCGCGACGGGCGAGUGCUGCGACCUGAAAACGUGCCGGCCGAAGAGCGCGGGCACCGAGUGCAGGAGCGCCGAGCACGAGUGCGACCUGCCCGAGUACUGCACCGGGCAGAGCGAGUACUGCCCGGUGGACGUGUUCAAAAUGGACGGCGAGUCGUGCAGCAUGGGGAAAGCGUUCUGCUACCAGGGCUCGUGCAGGACCCACAACGAUCAGUGCAAACUGCUGUGGGGCCCCACAGGCACCUCGUCCGACGCGCAGUGUUACGAGAUGAACACGAAAGGGACGAAGCACGGGAACUGCGGCUACAACCGGGUCGAGUCGAGCUACGUCAAAUGCACCGGAGAAAAUCUUUUGUGCGGAAUGCUUCACUGCAAGCACUUGAACGAAAGAUUGGAGUUCGGUAUGGAGUCGGUGGCGAUUCUCAGCCACUCGUUCAUCAACAACGGGGGAAAGAUCAUACCUUGCCGCUCGGCGAUCGUCGAUCUUGGGUUGAAUCAAGUCGAUCCAGGCCUCGCGCCCGAUGGUGCCAAGUGCGCGCCCGGAAAGAUGUGCGUGAAUCAGAAGUGUAUGCCGGUGGCCGAUCUCCGCGCUUCCGUAUCCGGGGGGAAAGCUUGUCCUAAUAAUUGCGGGGGCAACGGAGUGUGCAAUAGCCUCGGCCAUUGUCAUUGCAAUCGUGGUUUCCGGCCGCCUGAUUGCACUCAGCCUGGCGUGGGUGGAUCCGAGGACAGCGGCCCGGCAGAGGAUCCGAACGCGAGAAACGAUUUCAUAAUGGCCCUGUACAUUAUCUUUUUGGGGAUCGUGCCCACGAUCGCUCUGUCCUCGUUCGGGAUUUGGUACGUGAGAAAUUCCGGGCAGAACUGGAAGAAGAGCAUGAUAUCAACGACCGAUCGCGGCCACAACGGACUGUCCAUCAAAACGAUCGAUCGUUCCAGUCCCUUGCCUCGUACCAUCGAAACGAUCGAUUCUAGUCUGAGUCAGGAUCCAGCUUGCGCGAGUUUGUUGCCGAAACCGGAUACCGACGAGCGUUACAACAAUAAUUUGUUCGGCCAGUUCAAAGGUUUCACGAUCACCCCGAUUAGGAAGCAAGCGAAGAGCCUCGAGCCGACCAAGCCUGCGCCUCCCCCGCCCACCAUCCCGACCGUAGCUAUUAAGACCAACAUCAAGCCGAUCCACCCGAAGAGCAACCCGUCUCGCGCCUCGUUGCUCAACCCGACGCCGCCGCCACCGGCUUCAACGACCGCGACCGCGACGACGACGAUGACGACGACGAGCUUCGACGAGGCGGCGCCCAGCCUGCCGCCCUUGAAUCCGGGAUGCACGGCCCGGCCGUUGAUCAGCAGCCCGGUGCUGGCCGCGACCACGUGCACCUCCGUCGAGCUGUCCGCGAAACUCGUCAACACCUCGGACGGGCCGACCAGGCCCGCCCCCGCCCCGCCGCUGCUCGACCCGUCGCAAAAGCCGCAGAGGCCGAGCAGCACCCCCCUGGCCAACGUGCUGGCGGAGGGCGAGAGGAAGGGGGGCACCCUGAACAGGAUCGCCUCGAUGCUUCGGCCGGGCUCGGGGGGGCUCGCGAGGGGCGGCGGGGGCCUGGCCGCGUCGCAGGCGUCGCAGAGGGACGCGGAGAGGGGGGCGAGCAACUCCCUGCCGAGGUCGCACCACCUGAAGGCGAGCAAGGUGAUGGACAAGGAGAUACUGAGGAGCUUGGAGAUCUCGAACCCGAUCCCGCAAAGGGAGAUCGAGAUCCCGACCCCCUCGAUCCCCGUUAUCCCCGAGAGGGGGGAGCAGAGGAAGGCGAGCGGCGGCGUGGUGCUGCGCGCCCAGUCGAUGAGGGACAGCAAGGUGACGCCGAGGCCUGCCAUCCAGACGUUCGGCUCGAUGCGCCACGCCAAUGCGGCCGCCGUCAAACGGCCCACCAGCAUACCGGCCAGCGCCAGGCCUACCACCGCGCCUCCCCCCGUGCCCCCGAGCACCGACGCGAAGGGAGCGGGCAGCGAGGGGGGAGCCAAGAUCCCCGGACUGCCCGGAUACCAGAAUCCACGGGUGAAGGGCGGGCAGCAGAGAGUGGCGGGAGCAGCAGGGUUGGACAACGCGUACGACGAUUGCAUGAACCUGGUCGCCGAGCCCCCGUUGACCAAGAUAGCCGAGGAGUCGCCGACCUCGAGCGACAAUAUUUACGCGGUGAUCGAGGAGGCGUUGCCCGAGAAGGGGAGGAGGGGCGGGGAGGGCCGGGUGAACGAGUACAAACUGCCGAAGCGGGUGGAGGCGGUGGCCUCGGAGCCGAUGGGUCUGCUGUCCGAGAUCGUGUCCGAGAUAUCGAAUCGGAACUUCGACUCGAUCUACUCGACCGCGAGUUUGUCGAGGAAGGUGGAGGAGGAGGAGGAGGAGGAUAGAGAGGAAAGGUCGAAGAGCGGGGAGGUGGAGGGAGGUUACAACAACGGGUCGUUCGGCGGUUACAUGAACUCGAGCCACUACAAGUCGCCGGGCUCGAGCAUCUACUCCAACUCGCCCUCGGCCAAGUUCAACUCGUCGAGCUCGACGACCAGCUCCGGCUACCUGAACCCGUCCGCUUUGAACGUGCCGCGGCAACAGGGCGACGACAAGUCGGCGUCGUCCACCUCCAACCUGAACGAGGAGAUAUCGAAGGAGCUAGGGAUGAAGGGGGGCGAGGAUGGCCGCAAAUCGGCCGGCAAACGCAGCUUCGGCUCGCAGCGGGGCGUUGCGAGGGAGGAGGAGGGGGCGCCGAAAGCGGGCCUCGGAAGGACGAAGACGCCGCCUGGCCUCGGCAAGGGGCAGUCGGCCGCGAGCAACGCGUCCAGGCCUAAAGUACAGUGUUCUGACGGCGGCUCGAAAGCGGGCGGUUGCGGGAGGCAAGGGGCCGACGCGGAGGGGGCGAAGGCCCAGCCGAGCGACAGCCCCGCGAGGCAGGACACCGCCCGCGCGAAUAACAGAUUAUCCCUGAAAACUGUGCCUUGUAGCCCUAAGGAUAACGGGGGAAAGUUGAACAGUCCCGACCUGGUCUCGAGCUGUUCCAAUUCUAAUCAAAUCAGUACAAAGUCGCCGGACGUGGUCAACGGAAACAAUCCAAAGGUUAAUUUGCAGCCGAAGAACGUCCAGAAAACGCCCACCCUCUCGCGGGGGGGCAGUGGCGCGAAAGCGCCCGCCACCCCCGUCAAACCGUUGAACAUUGCGUCGAAGGGGGGCGGCCUCGCGGAGAAGAGGAAGUCGCCGACCGGCGGCGCGAAUCCGAUCAAAUCGUUGCCCGCGAAGGAAUCGGGCAAUUCGAAAGUAGUCCCGCAAGCGAAACCCUGCUUGGGGGGCCAAAAGGCGGAGACGAAGGGCGGGGAGAAAACGAAUCCGGUGCAGAGGGCAGCGAGCGGCAAGUCGAACGUUGCCUCCCUUCAGCAAAAGUUCGAGGCGAAUAAGAACGCGAACGCGGCCGCGUCGCGGACGAUACCGAGCGUGCACAAAGCGCAGCGUACAGUCGGUAAAACGACCGAGACCGCGAGUGUGAAGAAAUAGAGAGAGGAAUGAAAAGGGAUGGAAAAAGUAGGAUUUCAAAUAUUCUAGUCUAUCGAUCAUAUUCGGAUGUUGAAACGCGAGAGAUGUGUGUAACGAUAUAUAUUUCCGUUCAAACGAUAUUUCUACGAUGUUAUUUUAUUUAAAAAAAAAAGAAAAAAAGAAAAAAAAAGAAAGACCAGCCACGGAAGGAAGUCUGGAGAGUCAUAAUAGUACAAUGAUAGAUCAACCGUUAGCUCGGGAAACCGAGCGAAAGAACCGGGAUUGAUCGGGUUAAAUUAGGAGAAACUGUCAGAAUACUGAGAGAGAGGGAGAGAGAGAUCGUAGGUUGUAUCGGGCGCAAAAACGACGCGACGCAAUAUAUUAUCGUUGUAAAUAUAGUAGUUACUUAAAAAUUCUAAUAUUUUUUGUAGAGAUUAUCCGUUAACGUUCGGAUGCAACAAGAGCGAGACAUUAAUCGAUCGUCGGGAUAUUUAUCUUAAGAGCAUUUUGUAAACGGAACAAGAGAAAACAGAAAUAAGCAACAAUUAUUUUCAAAAGUUUGAAAACUCGAUACCGCGAAAGGAACGCGUAAGAAAUUAUUGAAUUCUGUGAUAAUACAUGUAACGAGAGAAUAAUACAGAAACAUCGUAUCGUAACAUUAUUAUAAGUAGCAGAUUAUAGAUGCGACCAAAUCUAUCAUUUUAUAUAUAUCGUAUCGCGCGAGAGAGAGAGAGAGAAAAAAAAAGAAAAGAAAAAAAAACCAUUAUGAAACCGAAAGAAUAAUAUAAAUUAAAUUUUCGAGAGGAGAAAUUAGUUUCGAAUGGGAAAUCCAUAUCCAAGGAAAAGAAAAUCUCUAAUGAAACAGUAGCUCUUUCCAAAGAUUAACUAAGCAUCGUCGUUUAAAACAUCGUGAUUUUUCGUGAAUGCGAUCGUACCUUUCAGAUUCCUCCGCGAAUCAAAAUUUAGACGCGAUUAGCUAACGAUAAGAGAGCUUAAAUGGUAGUGUAACGCUAGAGUUUUAUGCUUUUAUGUUUUUGAAGUCGAGGCAAAAUUAUUUCUACGAUAAACCGACGUGUAAUGCCGAAAGUAGAAAUAUUUUUGUUUAAAACGCUGUAAACGAUCGUCCUUUUAUUUUCGCAUGAUUUUCUUUGCAUAUAAAAGUUGAAACACGAAUUUCGAACACCUUGGUGGUGUUCGUUCGCUAAAUAUUUAGCAUCGUUUAGAUUACGCAAAGAGACUAAGACGAAUAUUUAUUUGACUGAUCGAUGUAAAUAUGUUUAUAAUGUAAUAGUUGUAAGUAACAUUUUGUACAAUGUACCUUCGUGCUCGCUAAGUUAUAAUUCGCGAUCUACCUUUGAAACGCAUACAUGCGACUUCAGCAUUUAGCUUUUUCACGAUAUCUCGUUCGAUCUGUUGUAAACGGUGUAGUAAAAUUCACCUGAGAAUUAAAGGAGAGAAAAAAGAAAAGACGAAAAAAAAAAAAAUAAUAAUAAUAUGGGUUUUAUUGAACGAUACAGUUGUAACAUAUUUUUGCAUUUAUUAUUUCAACAUAGCCAUCUUUCGCGUAUAAGUAUUGUUCGCUUGUACGUCGCGAUGUUUUAAUUUAUACAGUUCCUAUGUACAGUCGUCUCGAUAUGUUGAAACAAUUUAGGGACCGCAACUCAAGUUCAAUAAAGCUUUGUAAUAAUCAUCUAUUCUUCGAGCAUCGUUUAUAAUCAUUCACCGCUUUUCUUCUUUCGACGAAAUGAUGUCGUAUGUAUGACUCUAGUGUAAAGACAAUCAGACGUUUUGCAUACGACUGUAAAACGGAAAGUGACGCCCUUCGAGAAAACCUUGGCCGUUUCAUAAGAACCGUUUUUUAGUAAGAUUUUUUCUUUUUUUUUUUUAUAGGAAAUACGAUUCAUUUUUAGAUUUCAUCGAUUAGAUUAUAAUUAGAUUUGUUAAAUGAAAUGUGUUUUUCAAAAACUCACGACUUACAAAAUAGCCUAACAAAAUUAACGGACAUUGGUUAUAUUGUUCGUUCAAUACCAAAGAUUACGUUACGUUCCAUGUGUUAAAGGGCCAAGAUAUACGUUAUCGUAACUACUUAAACGUUGUCUCAUAACUUGUAUAUUUCCUAAUGCAUAGUAAACUUACAAUAAAUUCUUUAUUCCA